CAUUUCAAAAUUUUCUUCACACAAAACCCUAAACCCCCUUUCCCUCUGUUGUGCGCAGGUCGGAGAGCAAUCUGUGAAAAAUGUUCUCGCCAUUGACGACGAAAAGAGCUAACCUUAGCUCUCGCAAAGACAGAAACCCACGCCGCAGUGUCCCUCAGCCGGAUUCUCCCGCCACUCCGGCGGCCGUCGACAAUCGGAGACAGGCUUACACCGACAAUCUCAUCCCUGGUCGGCCCAGCACUGGAACCCCAGUUCCUUCUGCACCUCGCUUAUCCGUUCUUGCCAGAAUUUCUCCAGCCAACAAAGGUGAAAAAGGAGAUGACACGGAUCCAACAAAGCCUGUAUUCGUAGGAGAGUUUCCUCAAUUGGUCCGUGAUGAGCAGACGAACUUCUAUAAGAAUAGUAUUCCUGGUGUUGCUUGUGCUUCUGGUGGGAUGGAUAAGGAAACUUGUCUUGCUUGGUUUAUCAUUGGAAGUAAACUUUUCGUAUGGAGUUACUCGGCAACUCUGCCAUCAAAAAAAUGUGUUGUCUUAGAACUUCCUUCUCUUGUUCUAGCCACAGGAGAGUCUGGUAGUGUUGUGCAAGACAGUAAAAACUGGUUGAUUAGUAUUGUUGGUUGGGAUAGUUCUGUUGGUGCGCCAAACAGGGUUGCUCGACCGAGCAGUUCUGUGGGUAUUGUGAUGUGUAACAGAAAAAACCGUGCUAUUGUAUAUUGGCCAGACGUCUUUGCUGGGGGGGAAGUCGGUCCUGUUACCAGUGUCAGAUCUUCUGAUGCAGCUGAUGUGUAUUCUUCGCGUGCCGGUAGAAAGCUUUCUUCAUUCAGCCAGCACCAAAUCAAUGAGCUUAGAGGCAGUAGACCAGGAUCAAGUGAUUUUAAUUCUUUAAUUACUACUGCAGUUGCUACAAGUGAGCGUGUUUGUGUUGCUCUUGCAUGCAGCUCCAAUGGAGAGCUGUGGCAAUUUACUUGUAGUCCCUCUAGCAUUAACAUCAAUCAAGUACAUCUGGACACUAGCCCACCUUCCUUAACCGAGGGUUAUCCAAGGUCUCUGAUAUGGCGUUUUCCUCAUUCGUCAGUGACAGAGUCUAGUAGGGAAUUUUUCCUAUUGACAGAUAGUGAGAUACAGUGUUUUAGUAUUGAGCCUUAUCCUGAUUUAACCGCGUUGAAACUUUGGCAUCAUGAAAUUGUCGGCACUGAUGGUGAUUCGGGUAUCAAGAGAGAUUUAGCUAGUCAAAAGCAAAUUUGGCCUUUAGAUCUGCAGGUGGAUGGCCAGGGUAAAGUGAUCACUAUUCUUGUCGCUACUAUCUGCAUGGAUCGGGCUAGCAGUUCAAGCUACACACAGUAUUCUCUUUUAACCCUGCAACAUAAAUCCGAGAUGGAAAUUGCUGAUGGGGGAGCGGAACGGGUUCUGCAGAAAAGAGCUCCAAUCCAAGUAAUAAUCCCAAAAGCAAGAGUGGAAAAUAAAGACUUCUUAUUCUCUAUGAGACUGAGAGUUGGUGGCAGACCCCCAGGAUCGGCUAUAAUACUUUCUGGUGAUGGAACCGCUACCGUCUGCUACUGUCAUGGUAGCUCUACACGGCUAUAUAAGUUCGAUCUACCUUAUGAUGCUGGAAAGGUCGUGGAUGCUUCAGUUCUUUCCUCCACCGAUAAAAGUGAAUAUGGUGUGUGGACUGUGCUAACUGAGAAAGCUGGAGUGUGGGCGAUACCUGAGAAAGCAGUUGUUCUUGGUGGAGUUGAACCUCCAGAGCGAAGUUUGUCACGCAAAGGGAGCUCUAAUGAAAGAUCUCCUCGAGAAGAGGCAAGGAACAUGUCAUAUGAUGUCAGUAUCGAUGCUAGAAGGGCUAGUUCUGAUUCACCAGGUACUGGAGACAAAGAGAAAGGUUUAAUGAGUGGGAUUACACGUCGGACAGCCCGAGAUGAAGAAUCAGAAGCUUUGCUUGGUCAACUCUUUGAAGAUUUUCUGUUGUCUGGAAAUGUCGAUGGAUCCUUGGAGAAGCUUCGUCAAUCAGGAGCAUUUGAUAGAGAUGGAGAGGCCAGUGUUUUUGCUCGCAAAAGCAAAUCUAUUGUUGACACCUUAGCUAAACACUGGACAACUACUAGAGGUGCUGAAAUAGUGGCCAUGGCUGUUAUAUCUGCGCAACUCAUCGAGAAACAACAGAAGCAUGAGAAAUUUCUGCACUUUCUUGCUCUAUCCAAAUGCCACGAGGAGUUGUGUUCUAAACAGAGACAUUCUUUGCAAAUUAUUCUGGAAAAUGGUGAAAAACUUGCUGCAAUGAUUCAACUGCGGGAACUGCAAAGCUCAGUUAGUCAAAGCCGCUCUGCUGGAUUUGGAUCGCCGCAUGCUGGAACAGAAAUCCAAGUUCUUUGUGCCCUUUGGGAUCUUAUUCAAUUGGUGGGUGAGAGAACCCGUCGAAAUACAGUUCUUUUGAUGGAUAGGGACAAUGCUGAAGUGUUCUACAGUAAGGUCUCUGAACUUGAGGAAGUAUUUUAUUGCCUGGACAAGCAACUAGAAUACAUAGUCAACCCAGAUCAAACCCUGGGGAUUCAUGUGCAACGAGCUUGCGAGCUCUCAAACGUAUGUGUCACAAUUCUCCGAACUGCCUUAGCUUACAGAAACGAGCACCAGAUGUGGUAUCCACCACUUGAGGGUUUAACUCCUUGGCGGUAUCGGUCUGUUGUAUGUAAUGGAGUAUGGCGUGUUGCUUCGUUUAUGCUUCAGCUGUUGACUGAGGCAUCUGGACUUGAUAUGUCAGCUAAAUCAGAUAUAUACAUGCAUCUAGAAGUGCUUACUGAAGUUUUACUCGAGGCAUGUGCUGGUUCUACCACAGCAGUAUUCGAGAGAGGAGAAGAGAAUAAAGGUUUGCUCCAUAAGUACUGGACUUGGCGGGAUACCCUUUUUGAUUGUCUUUAUCAACAAGCAAGAGUGUUUGCAGAAGCAGGUUACCAGGGCAUCUAUGAAAGAAAUGAAAGCGUAGGUGAAGAUAUAAUAAGAAAGCACUGUUCAAAUUUGCUUUCCAUUGCGAAACGACAUGAAGGCUACAAGAUUAUGUGGAGGAUAUGUUUUGAUCUGAACGAUACAAUGCUGCUUAGAAACUUAAUGCACGAAGGCGUGGGGCCUCAAGGAGGGUUUAGUUACUUUGUGUUCAAGCAACUUCAUGAGAUGAAGCAAUUUUCCAAGCUUCUAAGGCUCGGGGAAGAAUUCCAGGAAGAGCUUUUAAUCUUCCUAAAGCGACAUCCAGAUCUGUUGUGGCUUCAUGAAGUGUUCAUUCAUCAAUUCUCAUCUGCCUCUGACACUCUCCACGCAUUAGCUCUCUCACAAGAUGAGGAGUCUAACACAACUGAAGACGAGAGAAAAGUACCAGGACAUGGAGAUCUGAAACAAACAGUUGCAGAUCGGAGGCGAUUUCUGAACCUCUCAAAGAUAGCUGCAAUGGCAGAUAAAGAUGCUGAUACCAAAUCAAAAGUGAAACGCAUGGAAGCUGAUCUUAAGUUGCUGAAGCUUCAGGAAGAAAUAACUAAAGCUCUUCCCGAUGGAGAAGCCAGACAGCGACUGUUCCGACCAGAGGAGCUAAUAGAGAUCUGUCUCGGUAUUCAGAACCGGUGGAUAGCUUUAAAGGCCUUCGAAGUGUUUGCAUGGACAAGCUCAUCGUUCCUCCGGAACAAUCAGAUCCUUCUGGAAGAUUGCUGGAGACAUGCCGUCGAACAAGAUGACUGGGACCGGCUCCAUCAAGCCUCCGUAACCGAGGGAUGGGCUGACAAAGAAACACUACAGAAUCUAAGGAACACUUCGCUCUUCCAGGCUUCAAAUAGAUGUUAUGGAACACGAGCCGAGACUUUCGAUGGCGGGUUCGAAGAGAUACUACCUCUGAGACAAGAGAAACCCGAUGUUUCGGUCAUGAGCGAUGAUUCAACUUCUUCCGUGGAGGCGAUUCUGAUGCAACAGAAGGAUUUCGCCGAGGCCGGGAAGCUAAUGUUGACUGCUGUCAUGUUGGGAUCUGUAGAGGACAGUGUUGUGACUGAAGAGGAGCCCUCUUCGCCCAUGGAGUAGAGUGAGGUAUCUAAAUCUUUCAUGACUUAAACUAAAACCCUAAAAGGGUUUUGAGAAAAUUGCUUUCGUGGAUCGAAACCAUAUGUGAAAAUGUUUCAUCGAUUGCUUU